AUGAAGGAAUUUCGGUCAUUUCAUCCUAGCCGUCGGGGCCUCAACUUUACGAAACUCGAUCGAGACUAUGCAGAUGAGUUUUACGAGAAACAUUUCAACGAGCUCCAUGUCGAAGUCUUUGCCCUUGUUCAAGCAGCAUUCUGUCCCGAAAGCAGUUCCAGAAAAACUCCCAAGGCACCCUUGACAUCCCCUUGGUUGAGGGAGUACCCGGAGGAAUUCAUCAAAUACGUCGAGCUUGUAGCUCACCCGGAUGCGCGUGCAGGGAAGUGGGAGAGACUUCUUCGGGAUGGCGCCGAGAGAAGCAACCUCCUCCAGGCCAUUAUCAUCAGGGUCCUGUAUACAAAAGUCUUUUCGCAGCUGUUCUUUGGAGCUAGUCCUAAGCAUUGUGAGACGUUGAAGCAGUCCGAUACGGCACUCAUCAAUGCAGAAGGAUUCGAACGCAGCAAACUCCGGGCACACACCACGAAAACAUGGCUUAAUGUAACCGGCGGAGAACCUACUCGUUUCUGGGGAGAGGUUGACAAGUUGUGUACUCAGACACUGGCCUUGCUACUUCCUGUCUAUGAUUACACCUCUGAAUUUACUGGCUACAGCCCCAUUCCCGUGGCAGAACUGUAUCAAAUGCUGCACGAUGUGAUUGCCUACGCUGGAUGGCUCAGUGUAUGCAUCCGCAUGUCUCCAGCCAUCGUCUCGAUCAACUGGCUCAAACCUGCAGACCCAUACGGUAUGGGUCAAACCAACACAUGCCAGUCAGCAUACGAAUUCUCGAAAGAAGCAGCCCGCCAACAUCAGAUGCGAGCUAGGCGGCGAAGACUCAAAGGCGAUCAUAUGCUGUCGGCACCCAGAAUCAAGAUUUCGGUUGCGCCGAAAAUCAUUCGUCACAAGAUCCUUCCAAAGGUUCUGCAAACCCAAGGUGUUACGUCUUACACGAUAAUGAAGCCCCAGGUAGUGUACUACGAGGGAUUGCAGCUUGAUCAAGACGAGUGGAGGGUAUACAUCAGUCUUCCAGACUACAUCAAGAAACUGCGAGAUCAGAACUGCGUGCCACGCUAUGCUGCGCUGGUGAUCAUGCUUUUCGUUUUGCUUGCUCUUUGGAUUCACUUCACUGCCUCGGGACAACAAGCCUGGCAGGGUAUCCACGAAAUGGUACGACCAGUGCCAAACUUGGAGUACUUGUCAAAGCUCAUCAACCCUCGGCGAAACAUAGCACAAUAUUCGUGA